CGCACAGCCAAAACACGGUACCUCGGCUUCUCCGUCGCAUUGACGUCAACCACGUCUCACCUCGAAGCAGCAGGUCAGCCGCUCACGCCGUACCUCAGCCAAUGAAAGAGUGCCCAUUGCGCUCACGAGAUCACGGGCGAUACCCCGGAAUGCGCCAGAUGCGGUUACUUUCAUGUGCGUCCCCAGACUCCUUGGCGUUGCAUGUGAAAGAUGCCGAACACUGGUCGUUUAUAGAUCCAUUACUUUUGUGCGGCUUCCUUUGUCUUGUGACUGUGUCUCCUCUUGUAACCUACUCACUUCUCAUUUUACAUCAAGAUGUCUAAGCGUUUUUCUACCGUCGAUGUUGCGGCACACAAGACUGCAGACGAUCUGUACAUCAUUGUUGAUGAAGAUGUCUACGAUUUAACUAAAUUCGCAGACGAGCAUCCAGGAGGAAAGAAGAUUCUUACCCGCGUUGCCGGCAAAGACGCCUCGAAGCAGUUCUGGAAAUACCACAAUGAGAGCAUUCUCAAGAAGUACCAGAAACAACUGCAAGUGGGCUCUUUGGACACUAAAGCCGCGCCUCCCACACCUCCUGCAACACCACCACCGCAGAAGAAAGAGAUUGUCCAGCCUGAGGCUGUCUCAGGCGCCGUUGCUCCUCAGCCAACUGAAGCUGCCGCCGAGGAGGCAGAGCCGUUCGACUCUUUUGGAGACCUCAUCCCAUACGCCGAUCCCUCUUGGUACCAGACAUACCACUCACCAUACUACAACGACACCCAUGUAGCUCUCCGCGAGGAAGUACGAGCGUGGGUGGAGGAGAAGAUAAUGCCCAACGUCACCGAGUGGGACGAGGCAAAGAAGGUCCCGGACGAGAUCUACAGAGAGAUGGGCGAGCGCGGCUACCUUGCCGGUCUGCUUGGUAUCCACUACCCAUCACAAUACACCGACAAGCGCGUAGCAAGCGUGCCGCCUGAGAAGUGGGAUCACUUCCACGAGAUGAUCCUUACAGACGAGCUGUCUCGCACUGGCAGUGGUGGUCUUGUCUGGAACCUCAUUGGUGGUUACGGUAUUGGUGCUCCGCCAGUCUUCAAGUUCGCUAAGCCGGAGCUCAUCAAGCGCAUUGGUCCUGGCCUGCUCAGCGGCGAGAAGCGCAUUUGUCUUGCCAUCACAGAGCCUGAUGCGGGCAGUGACGUCGCAGGACUGACCUGCGAAGCCAAGCUCUCCGAAGACGGAAAGCAUUAUAUUGUCAACGGCGAGAAGAAGUGGAUCACCAACGGUAUCUGGUCCGACUACUUCACAACCGCCGUCCGCACCUCCGAUAAGGGCAUGAAUGGCGUCUCGGUCCUGCUCAUUGAGCGCUCGGCCGGCGGCGUAUCAACCCGCAGGAUGGACUGCCAGGGCGUCUGGUCAUCAGGCACAACCUACAUCACCUUCGAAGACGUCAAGGUGCCCGUCGAGAACCUCGUCGGUAAGGAAAACCAGGGCUUCAAGGUCGUCAUGACAAACUUCAACCAUGAGCGCAUCGGCAUCGUCAUCCAGUCUGUCCGCUUUGCUCGCGUAUGCUACGAGGAAAGCGUCAAAUAUGCACACAAGCGCAAGACCUUCGGCAAGAAGCUAAUCGACCACCCUGUCAUCCGUCUCAAGCUCGCACAUAUGGCCCGCCAGAUCGAGGCUAGCUACAACUGGCUUGAGAACUUGGUAUACCAGUGCCAGCUCAUGAGCGAGACAGAAGCCAUGCUGAAGCUUGGCGGAGCUAUUGCCAGUUUGAAGGCGCAGAGUACGACCACUUUCGAGUUCUGCGCAAGGGAAGCAAGUCAGAUUUUUGGCGGGUUGAGUUACAGCCGCGGUGGACAGGGUGCGAAGGUCGAGAGGCUGUACAGGGAUGUCAGAGCAUAUGCUAUUCCGGGUGGAAGUGAGGAGAUCAUGCUUGACCUGAGUAUCAGGCAAGCGCUGAGGGUGCAUAAGGUUCUGGGUAUGAAGUUGUAGGAGGUCGUGCAUAGUUGUACAUAUCCACAUUGCCGCGGCGAGUAUUUACUUUAAUCGUCCCCACUCGGCUUUCAAAUCCACGUCUCCGUCUUCGUCCAAGAUUUUACCUCUGUCCCACUCCCUACCUUGUCCUUUCUUUGCCCACACCACGUCCUCUUCCAGCGGAUCACCGCCUCUCUCCCACUUCUUCACUUGUUCAUCCUUGAACCCUGUAGCACGUAGUCGAUCCGCACCUUGCUGCUUCCAACGUUCUCGGUCACGUAUGACCUCCA